AUGGCUCCUGGUCGGUGCGAACACAUUCAUGAAAUAUUUGGAGAUGAGACGGCGAAAUUGGGGCUCCUGGAGAAAUUCAAGAUUGUAGUGGCUUGGGACGCUCGCCGCUCACAGCAAGUUACUACCGCUGCUAAGAGAAGGAAGGUGACCUGCCCUACGUGCAAUACUUGCGGAUCCAGUCUUGCUCGACCUUUUGUGUGUCUACACUGCUCUUUUACCGGCUGCUGGUCAGGUGGCCACAUAGUCGACCAUCUUAGAGAGGCUUCGCAUGACUUCUGUGCCGAGUCGAAGCUGGGCUCGGUAUACUGCGCACCCUGUGACGACUUUAUCUACGAGCCGGAAUUAACCCGCCUAUACUCGCUGACGAUGCUGUCAGUGGAAGAAAGGGCGACAAGGUUUCAAGUUUCUAAGAAGGGCCGCGAAGCCUAUCGGCCUUGGGUGCCGAACGACAACGACCAUGUCGCCCUCGAAAGUACCGAAGCCGUCCCAAGUCAGGGCCGGCGGGGACUACUCAACCUUGGUCAGACAUGUUUUAUGAACGCCGUACUCCAGUCGUUCAUCCAUAAUCCCCUUUUGAGGAACUACUUCCUGAGCGAUAGACAUAAUCAUCGGCUAUGUAAGAAUAAGGAUUGCACUUGCUGCGAGAUGGAUAGGUUGUACACUGAGAUGUUCUCAGAGGCUUCUGUGCCGUACGGACCAGCAAGCUUCCUUUUUACUACCUGGCGUGCCAGUUCGGAACUGUCAGGCUAUGCGCAGCAGGAUGCACAUGAGUUCUUCAUUUCCGCGCUGAACCAGAUACACAGCACUUCGCGGGGAUCAACGAACGUAUCCUGCAUAUGUAUCGUUCAUUCGACUUUUGCUGGGCAGUUGCAAAGCGAAGUUAAAUGCGAUAAGUGUGGAAAUGUGACGGCAACUAUCGACCCUAUGCUGGACAUAAGUCUGGAACUGAAGGGAAAGGGUGGCGGGGACAGUGGGGGUGAUGAUACUCUGCUGGGCUGCCUGAAAAAGUUCACACAACCGGAGAAACUGGGGUCCAAAGAUUAUACCUGUAGCAGAUGCGGGAAAGCACACGAUGCCUCGCGAAGGUUGAGCGUGAAGAAGCUCCCUCCGGUACUUGGCUUCCAGUUCAAGCGCUUUGAGCACAAGUCAGGGGACAAGACAUCUGCUCAGAAGAUCGACGCUAGGAUCCGGUUCCCGGCCACCCUGAACAUGCUCCCGUACACUACGCUCGCUCUGGGUGGCAAGGAUAGGGCAUCGCGUGUCGGCCCGGAGGCGAUGUACGAGUAUGACCUUUUUGCAGUGAUAUGUCACGACGGCCAAAUCGACAACGGGCAUUACUACACCUACGCUCGUUGCCAGGACGAGUGGUAUCGCUUUGACGACGAUAAAAUCUCGGCGUCGAGCCUAAAUGAAUGUCUUCAGUCGAGGGCAUACAUGUGCUUCUACGUCAAACGCCACCUAGAUUACAAGCCAUAUGCUAAGCCUUCAUAUAUCCUCACUCGUGAAGUGGAGCUACAGAAGGAGAAGGAGAGAGAGCGAGAGAAGGAAUUGGCAAGGAUGAAAGAGGUCGAAGACGCGUUGCUAGCGACUGUCUGA